AACCUAAUCUUGCAGCAGAAUUUACAGAAGAAUCCUUGCCAAAGUGUGCAUAAUUAUCCAGGGUUCAACAAAAGUUCGUCUCAGAGACAUGAUAAAGCAAACAUUGAAUGGAAUGGAAUGUGACCCAGUCACAGAACUGACGGUACAAAUAAUGUGUUUAGUAUGAGUUGUAAUGUCUACUGUUACACCACGAUAGUCAUGGUGUAUAAUACUGCACAUACUCAUAUAGCUAUUAUGAGGUUGAGAUUUUCUACAUGUAGGUUGAUUUUUCAAAAAAUAUAUAAGUUACUGCCAUAUCACAGGAAAUUUCUCAAUGGGUGGAUCAGGUAACGAAGUUUAUGAUAAAAAAUAGAUCAAUGGAUUUGAAUGAAGUGUAUCACCCCGAUUCCUUUGGAUUGGAUGGUAUUGCAGACUUGGCCCAUUUCCAGCAUGACGGUUUAUUAGAUGUACCAAGUAUAGGAGACAUACCUGGGUUAAAUGGCAUAGAAGCUACUGACAUGGGAAGUCUGCUGAAACAGUUUGAGGAAGCAUCACAAUCCCUUGGUGACAAUGACCUUGAACAGCCAAGUCUAAACUCCAGCCCAGCAUCUAAUCAAUCAAGGAAAAGUCCCCCUGUCUGCAAUACCUCUACAGUGGAGGGAUUAGAUUUCUUUACUAAUGAGAAUGAUGAAAAUUCUACACCUUCUAAACAUAUUAUUGACAAGAUUCGUGCUGGAACGAAAAGGAAAUCUACCAUUAUGCUACCAAUGGGAAUGCCUUCCAAAAGAGGCAGAGGGAAAGCCACCCCAUUGCCUGCUAACUGUGCUCCACUGAAGUUACAGCGUAUUGUGAACACACCUCCCAUCACACCAACCCCUCAAGGUUGCUCUGGGGUUGCUUCUUCCAUCAAAGGUGUUUCCCUUCUUCCUGCAAAUGUAAAUGCUGUUAAACCUAAGGGAGACAACUCUAAUAAUAAAAAUUCCACAGAGGAAAAAUGUGUUGUUGAGGUCAAGUCAAAUAAAGAAAUAUUGAGGACGAAAGAAGACAAGUUUGAAGUUAGUAAUGAUUACUUCAAUGAGAUUACUGAUCAUGACUAUUGUGUUAAUGUACCUGUAAAGGUUAUAGAGAAUGAGGUAACUGUUGAAGUCCCAAUUGUGGCAGAGGAGGUAGUGAUAUGUGAUGAGGAGGAACCACUACCUGAAAACACCGAGGAGAUGGAGGAGGAUAUAGAUGAACUUCUAGAGAAAGGUGUUGAUGAUGAUCUCAAGAAUAAUAAUACAGCAACAUCUAACCAGUCUCGUCGCAGUAAAUGUUCUGCUUUUGUGGAAAUACUCAAACAAGCUAAGAUCAGUAAAAGAAAUUAUCGCAAACAUACCACAGAAGUGAAAAGUGCAGAGUGUAAAGAGGCAGACGAGGAAAAAUACUUUGACAAAAUUCCAGCAUACUACACAGCUCUGUCUAUACCCAAUAAGCCUGCUAAACAGGCAAAGGAGGUAAAAUACAAACUCACAGCCUCAGGUCGCCGUGGUAUCACUGUGGAGGAUUACUUUGCAAGGAAUCCUUCUCCAAAAAGAGACCCUUCUGUGUACAAUAAGCUGCCAGCUUACUAUAGUUGUUUUACAAACAGUACCAAGUAUGACAAUGCUACUGGUAUUGGGGUAGAUAAAGAAAACAACCUGGAAGCUUCUCAAGAAAGUAAUAAGAUGUGCAGUAGUGGCUAUUCUAGUCGAAGCCAGACACCAUCACUGGUCAUAGAUUCUCGUCGGUGUUCAAGGUCACCCUCAGUGGCCUCCUCUAGAUCUCGAUCUCGUUCUCGCUCAAAGUCAUACUCGAGGUCAAGGUCAAGAGAGACUGUAAGAACAGAGAAAAAAAGAUCUUGGAGGAGGGAAAGAAGAUGCUCAUAUUCAUCCAAUUCUGGGUCAAGUUCCAGAUCUUCAUCAAGGUCAUGGUCAAGAUCACGCUCCAGAUCGCAUUCAAGCUCUUGGAGCUCAAGAUCAAGAUCGAGGUCAAGGUCAAGAUCCUACUAUGACCGUUCAAGGUCAAGAUCGCGCUCCAGGGAAGGAAGACACAGAGGUCUAAGUCCUUCUCAGCUAAAAAGGAGAAUGGAGCAGAAGCAAAUGCGAGACCAGGAGAAAAACAAACAAAUGGAAGAGCGACGAAUUAUCUAUGUUGGUCGAAUACCAAAUGAUUACACAAGAAGUGACAUGAGGAAAAGGUUUCAGAGAUUUGGAGAGAUAGAACAUGUACAGCUACACUUCAGGGAGCGUGGUGACAAUUAUGGCUUUGUGACAUUUUCCUACACCUGUGAUGCCUAUGCUGCUAUAGAAAAGGGAAAUGACAUGCAGGAUAGCCCACCAUUUGAGCUGUGCUUUGGAGGUCGCAGGAAGUUCUGUGAAACAGAAUAUGAGGAUUUAGAUGGAGAUAUUGAAUUGGUGGAGGAAUUGAAUCCACUUCAGAGUCUUAAUUCUAAAAAACCUCUAGACUUUGAUGAACUUCUUCAACAGGCGAAAAAGAAAAUUGGAAAAGCCUCUUGAUGUCUGUUGUAUUAGAACCCAGACUGUUUAAUCUGCCAAGGAGUGCGAGACAUGUAAAUUGUCAAGAGAAUGAGAAAAUGUGUUGUAAAUGGAGAAAUGAUUGGAUGAUUGACUAUCUCUUGUAUCUUUUUUGUGAAUUUCUGUUUCAUGCGAUUGCAUUACAUCAUUUGUUCCUCGUUGUGAAUUCCUAUACAUAUACUGGUGAGUUCGUCAUUGAUAGACCAAUUAAUAUUUCAACACUGUUCAAUGUGUCCUUUUUUGUAUGAAUGCUGUAGAGUGUAUAUUGUAAAGUUAAAAGGUUGUGGUCUAUUUAGGAUGUUACAUCAUAUUGGAGGGAAGUGUGUAGACCUUUGUCAAUUUGCCUUGGAGCUGAUUUUGUCUUGUGUAGAUGGAGGAUUUGGAUUGUUCCUGUAGUCACAUUGGAGUGUUCUCUUAUCAUCUCUCAUUUUCUGGUGAUCCAGUUUUCAAUUUUAGUCAGCAUGAAAGGCUUAUACUCAAAUUAUCCUGUACAUUAUCUUGAAUGUUAGAUAAUGCGGUAAUUUAUAGGAUCAAAAUAUGCAAAAAGGAAUUUUUUGAACUUAUUACAGUAAAACAAGGUCAAGGUCACUUUCUGUAAGAUCUGUUCCAUAAAAAAUGAAGUUUUCUUUUGCUGCCCCAAUAUCAAACAAUGCUUCCUGACUAAAAACAUUUUCUUAAGAUUGUUCUUUGAUUUAGAAGGCCAUUGGUCAUUGGUCAAGGUCAGAAAUACAUUUUAAUUAAAGGAAAUGAGGCCGUCUCUUUAUAUCUCAACUGUUGCUGUGCAGGUGAAGCAUCUUGGAGGUAUUAAUUGCCACAAACUUUGUAUGCGUAUACAGAAUUUAAAGUACUAAUGCCAUAUAAAUCUAAAAUUUCCUAAUGCAGGAAUAUCUACAACCUAAAGGUUUUUUUCACAAUUGCCUAUGUUUGUUGUCGGUUUUCAUGCACAUUCAUUACAUAACAAGACCACAAAUUGAUCUCAUUCAUUUAAAAUGACAUCAUACUAGUACUGACCAGGUAAUACUAUGUAUUUUAACUCACUAUUAUAGUGAGUACUAUAUUGUUAAUGUUUACAUCGUUAGUAUUCUUUACCUCAAUGAAAGUUUCUAGAAUAUUUUUAGGUGCUGUACAUUUGUUUGUUUGCUAUAAUUUUCUGAUUUUGGCCUACUUCUGGUGUCAAAUAUUUACAGUUGUCGGGCUGUCCCAUCUUAUGUGUUAACAUGGCCUAAUUCCGGUGUCAAUUAUUUACUAUAGUCGGGCUCUUCCAUCUAAUGUGUUAACAUAUGGCAUCUAGUUGUUGUUGUUUGACCAAAGGAAAUCAGUAGUUGAUCAAAAAUUAAUUAGACUCACUAGAGUAGCCGAGAUGUCUUCUUUUGAAAAUACUUAUGGUAGCGUCGUAGUCAAAACAUUUGAUGCAUGAAGUAGGCCAGAACCAACCUCUAUCUAUCCAAUCUUCCUGUACAGGAGUUGGCUCCCGUUAGCUCUAAUACAAACAAAUGUUUUUGAGAAUUUGUAUUAUACAACUGUUAAACUUUGUUACUAUCAACAUUACUGCAUUAUUCUGGAACUGUUUAUACUAAUGUUCCCCACUUAUAGUAGUUUAAUGCUUGUUUUCAUAUUUCCAAGGGUUUAUUUUCUGUUAACAAUACCUACAUGUACCAUCAGUGAUAAUGUUAGUUGUCAAUUUGACAACCUGAUUUGUUUUCUUAAUGCUUCUAAACACUGUGUACACAUGUAUCUAUCGGUAAAGACUUCAUUUGUAGUGCUUCACACCGUUUUUGAUAUAAUUUUUACUUUCAAUUAUUUUUCCCUGUUGAUUAGCUGUUUGUAUACUCCGGUAUAUAUAUAAUAGAAAAUUUAUAUUGAAGUUUUGUUUUGUUAUUCAUGCCCACUUCUGUGCCAAGCAUUACUAUUAAAACAGAAGAUUCUUUUAUUGGUGGUAUUAAAAUGUUUCUCUUAUUUUGAUGCUGUAGGCUGUAUUGUGUAAUAUUUGCCACCUGGAUAUCUCUUGAAGCAAGACCUUAACUGGUGCUCUCUGUUUAUUUGAUUUAGAUUACACCAUGGUGUGUUAAACACCCUUUAUGAUCUUUAAAUACAUGUAUAUACCUUAAUAUUCAAUAAUUAAAAUGUUUAAUUAUGAAAUGAACUGCCAUGUAAGAUUUCUUGGUUCUCUCUAGUCUACACAAGAUUGAUGUAUGACUAGGUCCCAUACCACGUGAUUAAUUCUUACACACAUGUGUUCAUAUAAGAUCCAAGUAACUUGUAUUAACAGAAGCACAGAAUAUUGAUAUUCAGGUUCUGCUAUAAUAAGGAAACAAUCGUUGCAUACCAAUUUUGUGUUGUAUUGCGCCAGUGUGCUGUUUCUUGUGUAAUGUUAGAUUUUAUACAAAUAUACAUAUACUGAGCUAAGUAAACAUCAUGGUACAUUUCAAGUCUAUUAUUGAAUUAAUUAAUUCAGAGCAAAUUCUUUUAUCAUUCAUCUAUGUGAAUCGUGUAUGGUUGUUUUUGAAAUUUGUUUUACUUUUAAUCAGAAUGUCUCUUUUUUUUUCUCUUUUUUUUUCUUACUUGAUAAUUGUUGAGAUUUAUAAUUUUUGGCCACAUUUUUUUUUGCCAUUUCGCGUGCUAUUGGUAUAUGAUUAUGGUUAGCUAAUUUGUUUUACAAAAAUAAAAGAAUUAAGAGUGAGGAGGAAAAAAGAGUGAAGUCUGACUGGAUAGCUCGAAAGAUUUUUGUGGCUGAGUUUGUAUUGAGUACAUUUCUUGGGUCUUGUGUAAGAGAUCACUGUAGUUGAAGAAUGCCUACAUUUUAUUAGAAUCAACCUCUUUGUAUUAUGUAUUCCAGAGGAGUAGCGUUGCAUUUAUUGACAUUUUAGCACUAUGUUGCUACCUUGAAACUUACCAUAUUCAUUUAUCUCUAAACUUGCUAUGCCUUCAUUGUUUCCAUUUAAUAUGACUUUACUAUAGUUCGACAAAGGCACUGUAAGUGUAUACUUUGUAUGAAAUAAAGAUAAUUUUGGAAAUAAA